AUGCCGAUACAGCAGGAUGCGGCCAGUGGCGAUUGUAGUGCUCUUGUACGGGCGGCGGAGAAGCGCAUUCCAUGUGAGAUUUGCUCUCAUUUCACUGGUAUGGCAAGUUACCGCCAGCUUAGGGAUGACAAGGAGCAGACCUUGACGUCUGUUUUGCGUCCAUAUAAACGGUUCAGGGACCCCACGUGUGCAAGGGAUGUUCGCAUAGAGAGCUGCUCAUGCUGUGUGCUAUCGUGUGUAGCAUGUCAAGUACUAAAAGGGUACUGCGUGCUUUGGGCUGAGUCUUUGGUGAAGGUGGCAAUAUACGACACAUUCGCGUCACAUGAAGCGGGACGAAGAAGGUCACAUGAAAAGAUCACAACGACAAUGGGAGUGUGUGAGCAGCAUCUACUUACAUUCCGUACCCUUCAUAUUGUUGACCGGGCGGCAUACAAGCAACCGGUGCAGCACUCAUUUGCUUUGCAGUCUGUUUGCCAACCGGGAAGAGUAAUACAGCUGGAGUGUUACCCCUAUCACAUGGUGCACUUUGGACUACUGAUGUAUGUCCUCUGGCAAAGCCCUGAUGAGGCUUUUAUGGCCAGAGGAAGCAAGCCACGUCAUCUGAAGAAGACCACGAUAUUUGAAGCAGAGGCUUGCAUCACGGGGAAUACUACGAAAUCAUCACCAUCACCAUCGUUUAAGUUCCCAUUUUUGACGUCAACUGAAGACGCAUCGGUGCUUAUUCUCGGUCUUGGCGGGAAUGUGAUUGGAAACUGCUUAGAUGCUGCCCUUCCGGUUGAUGUGCCUAUUGACGUUGUGGAGGUGGAACCAGCCGUGCUGGAAACCUGUCAGCGGCAGGGUCAGGUGCCACCAUGUUCUGAGAUUCAUCCUAAGACGACAGAUGAGACAGCAUGUGUGUGGGUUGCUUCACGCGGGAGGCAGCAGCAGCCAAACUAUCGCUUCAUUAUUGGGGAUGUCCGUGAGGUCCUGCAGGAGGACAGCCAAAAAACGACUGACAUCAAGAACCCGCUUCAUGAGCGUCGCUACGGUCUUGUCUUUUUGGAUUGCUACGACCCCGAGAAAGAGCGCAUGAUGCAUGAUGGCAGUCUCAUCGAUUUGUGCCGUUCUCGUCUCCGCCCAGGCGGUGCGCUGAUUGUAAAUGCGCACAUUCUACCGAUACGAGAGAGGCUAGAAGAGCAGUUUCUGGCCCGUGGAUUUGACUCCGUACAGGCAUUGCGUGUCGCAGGGUGUGACCAAAGCAUUGUAGUUUGUUUGGCCAGGGACAAGACGUCCUCGGGUCGUUGUAACGAAGGAGGUCCCCAGCAACAAAAACAGCAGCUUGCACGGCUGGAUCGGUUUUGUGUCAGGCAUGCCCGUCAGUUGACGUGGUUCAUUCAAAAUCCUUUGAGAGCAGACCUCGGCAUGCAGGGUUUAUUUCGCAGUGAUUUUUCUCUUGAUGCAGACUGGUUGAAGUCAUCACGGUCUCUAGAAGGGGUUUCAUGCCACACACGUGUGUGGGAGCAUUACGAUUAA